AUGAGUCAAGAGGAGGAAGAAUUUCCGAUUGGCCUCAAGUUACAGUUGGAAAAUAAAUGCAAAGAGAGAAAGAAGAGAAACGGAGAUAUAGACAAGGCAAAAGACGUCAAGGAAGCGGAUUCAGGAAGACUCUUCGUAUCACGGUAUUCCACCAGCAGAAAGACCGCUACGGGGGACGCGGUACAAGAUUUAGGGGUCGCGGAUCACUUCAUACACGUGGGGCAGAAAAGGAUGCGAUCUACCAACUACAUUGGGAAGCGGAGCAUAUUAGGUGCACAGCAUCAGCAAGAUCGGCUAAUUGAUACAACACUUCGGAAAGUUAGAUCAGAAGCGUAUCGUCGAGCAGAGACAAAUGAUACCUCUAUAGAUAUGGAAUAG